UUAAACACUCCAGCAGAAGCUCACAAAUUUUCACUUUGUAGAGGUCCUCACUGCUUCACUCUCUCAUCCUUGGAAUGAAUUUAGAAAUGACUUUUGAUGACUUCAAGAGCAAAACGUUGAAGGAUCAGCCUGAGCAUAAGGCAAAUGGAGAGAAAGGUAAAGGUCUUCGUUUUCUUUCUUCUCGGUGGUGGUGCCCUGUUGCUGUGACUCUGGGGAUCCUUUGCCUGGGAUUACUGGUGACGGUUAUAAUGCUGAUAAUGCAAUUAUCCCAGGUGUAUGAUUACCUACAGCAACAGCAAGCAAACCUUACUCACCAGGAAAAUAUACUGGAGGGACAGAUCUUAGCCCGGCAGCAAGCGGAAAAAGAUUCUCAAGAGUCACAAAGGGAACUCAAGGAAAUGAUAGAACCCCUUGCCCGCAAGCUGGAUGAGGAGUCCAAAAAACGAAUGGAACUUCAUCACCAGAACCUGAAUCUCCAAGAAACUCUGAAGAAAGCAGCCAACUUUUCCGGUCCUUGUCCCCAAGACUGGCUCUGGCAUGAAGAAAACUGUUACCUAUUUUCCUCUGGCCCAUUUAAUUGGGAAAAAAGCCAGAAGAACUGCUUGUCUUUGGAUGCCCAGAUGCUGAAAAUUAAUAGCACAGAUGACCUGGAAUUCAUCAAGCAAGCAAGUGCCCAUUCCAGUUUCCCAUUCUGGAUCGGGCUGUCUCGGAGGACACCCAGUGACUCAUGGCUCUGGGAGGACGGUUCUCCUUUGAGGCCCCGUUUGUUUAGACUCCAGGGAGCUGUUUCCCAGGUGUACCCUUCAGGCACCUGCGUAUAUAUACAAAGGGGAGCUGUUUUUGCUGAAAAUUGCAUUUUAAUGGCAUUCAGUAUAUGUCAGAAGGCAGCGAAUCUAUUGAGACCACAGUGAAUUUGAAGGCUCUGGAAGGAAAGAAAGAGGCCUUUGAAGUCUCUACUGGAAUUUAAGCUAUUCUUCGUCACUUAGGUGCAAACCGUGAGAGCCCUGAGAACUGCCUGUUACUGGCUGACUGCAGAACUCCUUAGCAGAGACCGGGGCUCCAAAUGCUUGACAUCUUGAUAUCAAAAGUUUUGCUUCUAUCUCU